CUAGCGAAACUGUUGCUAGCAGUGAAAGGGGUCGGGUGGCCAUGGUGGCUGGGGAAAGGCGCUGCUUGCCAACGGAGGAGCCGCAUGGCUCCCCUGACGUGUGUGAACGGCCGCGCUCCAAGACAUUGGCAGAGCCGCCUCGUACGUUUGAAGAGUUUUUACUCUUUCAUAAUUUGGAUGACUGGCCAAGAUUCCCCUACAUGCCGGAAAUGGACGUCCGUCCUUUGGUGACCCAAUUCAGAAAGGACUACCCCGUGGACACUGUUGUUAAAUAUCUUUAUGACAAAGCUCCGCUGCCCAUGGAAACGAUCUCUAACUUAGAAAAGAGAAUGGAUGAAUGCAGAAUAGGGGUCCACGAGCAUGCCAAACAGGUCUUCUCUUUAGACUCCCAAAAAUCAGUAGAAGAGGAUCAGAGGGUUUCUGUUCCAGACCAAGCCGGUGGUACUUCAGCUUCUGAAACACAGGAAGUAAGGAAGAAGAAGAAAGUCAAGGUCACUGCUGAUGCUACACAAGAUUCAAGUUGUAAAACAGUUGAGAAUUUCAGGUUCCCGGGUUUCAAGCUACGGAAGCUUACAAAGCUCCCAAACCAUCUGGAACCUGCACAACUCUGGGAUUCUGUUAUAAAAAUGCAAGAUAUCAGGGGAACAAAUGUGAAGAUUUUGAAGAAGCUAUUCAUUUCUGAAGCAUCACUUGCAAUUUUGCAGGAUUGUUUUUGGUGGUGGUUUCUUCACAAAUUCAAGCCUGAUCAAGAAGAGCAGGACCAUUUUUUUGACAGAAUCUCGGACAGCUUUGUGGCGCUUCUGCUGAGCACUCCCAAUUACAUCAAAGAUCCCUUCCUUCAGAUGUAUCCCGACUGCUUGUCGCAAGCCAUCUAUCUUACUUUUUGUGAAGCUUUUCCUGAAUCCCAGCGUCAUUUUGGGGAUCAGUUUAAGGACGAGUUAAUGGAUUUAGUCUUCCAAUGGAUACGAGGUUUCAAACCUCGCAAAUAUGCUUGGAAGGAAUGGAAGUUAUGGUGCUUGGAAACGACCGUACAGAAAGAUUCCUUUCACACGUCGUCAUCUCAUAUGAAACUUCUGCCUAGAACACUGUCGAGAGCAAAGUCUUUGCGGUUUGAAGUGCAGAAGGAGCAGCCCUCGAGAGAAGCAGCGAAACCAAAGAAAGAGUCCCAUUAUAUUGGGAGUGGUCCAGACUUUCAACGUUCAUUAUUCAACCUUGGGGGCCAAAGUCCACUGGUUUUGUAUUAUCUUAAAAUGCAUGGCAUCAACAACACCUUAGCAAACUCCCGCGCUUACAGGAUCAACCAUACUGAAAUUUACAAAAUACCGCCCGUUUCUCCAACUUACACAGAUGUUAUUAAGGCGAGUCAAACAUUUGCAGAAAAUCUACACAAUAACUUUAUUGAUUUUGAACAUAGGUGUGAUGAAGAACUAGCACAGAUGCAAGAGCAGAGAGAAAAGGUUAGCAGGAGGUACAAAAGGAUGUUGGCAACCAUUACCAAGAAGCCAACUGAAGCAAGGCUAAAGACAGAAAAGUUCAUCACUCAAAUGGAAAAUGUAAAAACGCGUCAUGCUCCAUCCAGUGGCACUCAUUCAACAACUAAUGAUCUCUACAAUGUGCGUAACAAGAGCUGAGUUAAGCUGAGUGAUGUAUCUGGUAUGAAAUAUGCCCCUUUCUUUUAAGUCAUUAAAAAGUAAGACAAAGCAGCGUUGUUUUUUAA